ACUGCAUUCUCGGGUGUUCUCCGCGGUCUCCACUGAAAGAUUGAGGAUGGAACCAAACAUUAAAAUCAGUUCAAGUAGCCCCCAACCAUAAAUGCACAAGUAAAGCGCCACGUAGCCAUUCAAAUGAACACACAUUAAACGAAUGGACAACUACAGUAAUGAAUUUUUAAUGCGUCUCUACACAAUGGAUAAAACGAGGAGGGGGGCAGUUGAAGGAUAUCUGGCAGGGGUGAGCCCGCACCGUUUGAAAGGAAAAGUAGGAUUGGAGCAGUGACGUUAUCUGCUGGAGCAAGAGAGGGAGGGAGGGAGAAAGAGACGGACACUGGUCUCCAUUAGCUCAAAACCCGAGGAGACACUUUGGGAUACUUCGGCUGGAAGAGUUCUUUGGAUUUUGUCCCGUUUAGAUUGAAUAUAUGGUUUUAAGUAAGAAAAACUUGUUGACUGUUGAAGUAUCGGAAGUUUGAGCGGUUUUUCUGGUUUUGGGUUGGUGUAUUUGUGAAGGAUGGCGCUGGACGGUAUACGAAUGCCCGAUGGCUGCUACGCCGACGGGACUUGGGAACUGAAGAUGCAUGUGACCGACCUCCAUAAAGACGUCUCCUUGCGGGUCACCGGGGAGAUUCACAUUGGAGGGGUCAUGCUAAAGCUCGUGGAAGAACUCGAUGUAAAGAAGGACUGGUCAGACCAUGCGCUGUGGUGGGAGAAGAAGAAGACAUGGCUGCUGAAGACGCACUGGACGCUGGACAAGUACGGCAUCCAGGCGGACGCACGGCUGCUCUUCACGCCCCAGCACAAGCUGCUGCGCCUGCAGCUGCCCAACAUGCGCCACAUGAGGGUCAAGGUCAACUUCUCCGACCGCGUCUUCAAGGCCGUCUCCGACAUCUGCAAAACCUUCAAUAUCCGUCACCCGGAGGAGCUGUCUCUGCUCCGUAAGCCCCGUGACCCCAAGAAGAAGAAGAAGAAGCUGGAGGAGGUGGAAGAGGACCCACUGGAGCUGGAGGGACCCCUGCUCACGCCUGGAUCAGGGAGCAUCUACUCCAGCCCUGGCCUGUACAGUAAGACGAUGACCCCCACCUAUGACUCACGGGAUGGUAGCCCGUUGUCCCCCACCACGGCCUGGUUUGGGGACAGCCCGCUGUCCGAGGGCAACCCCAGCAUCCUGGCCGUCAGCCAGCCCAUCUCCUCUCCCGACAUCCUGCUCAAGCUCUACAAGCCCCAGUCCCUCCUGGACAAGGCCAAGAUCAACCAGGGGUGGCUGGACUCGUCCAGGUCUCUGAUGGAGCAGGACGUUAAGGAUAACGAUGUGCUACUGCUGCGGUUUAAGUACCACAGUUUCUUUGACCUCAAUCCCAAGUACGAUGCCAUCCGUGUGAACCAGCUGUAUGAGCAGUCCAAGUGGGCCAUCCUGCUGGAGGAGAUUGAGUGCACAGAGGAGGAGAUGAUGAUGUUCGCCGCCCUGCAGUACCAUAUCAACAAGUUGUCAAUCAUGUCGUCCGACAAUCACAUGAACAACAGUGAGAAAGAGGUGGACGAGGUGGACGCGGCCCUGUCCGACCUGGAGAUCACUCUGGAGGGAGGGAAGACUUCCAACACACUGGGUGACAUCACCUCCAUUCCUGAGCUGGCCGACUAUGUGAAGGUCUUCAAGCCAAAGAAAUUGACACUGAAGGGCUAUAAGCAGUACUGGUGCACGUUUAAAGACAUCACAAUCUCCUGCUACAAGAGUCGAGACGAGGCCAACGGAACCCCCGCUCAUCAAAUGAACCUCAGAGGUUGUGAGGUGACUCCGGACGUCAACAUCUCUGGUCAGAAGUUCAACAUCAAGCUGCUGAUUCCCGUCGCAGACGGCAUGAAUGAGAUCUGGCUGCGCUGUGACACGGAGAAGCAGUAUGCCCACUGGAUGGCGGCCUGUCGCUUGGCCUCCAAAGGCAAGACCAUGGCGGACAGCUCGUACAACCUGGAGGUGCAGAACAUCCUGUCCUUCCUGAAGAUGCAGCACAUGAGCCCGGACCCCCAGUUCAUCGCCGCCGAGUUCACCAACACGGACAUCAACCCCGAGUGCCUGGUGUCUCCGCGCUACCUGAAGAAGUACAAGAACAAACAGCCAGGGUUUGUGAGGGACAUGAUCUCGGCCCGGAUUCUGGAGGCCCAUCAGAACGUGGCCCAGAUGAGCCUGAUCGAGGCCAAGAUGCGCUUCAUCCAGGCGUGGCAGUCCCUGCCUGAGUUUGGAAUCACCCACUUCCUGGCCAAGUUCCAGGGAGGCAAGAGGGAGGAGCUUAUUGGAAUCACCUACAACCGCCUGAUCCGCAUGGACGCCAGCAACGGAGACGCCAUCAAGACCUGGAGGUUCAGCAACAUGAAGCAGUGGAACGUCAACUGGGAGAUCAGAUGGUGACGGUGGAGUUUGCGCGACGAGCCCAGCCUUGCGUUUAUCUGCACGGAGGUGGACUGCAAGGUGGUGCACGAGUUCAUCGGCGGCUACAUCUUCCUGUCCACGCGCGCCAAGGACCAGAACGAGUCUUUGGAUGAGGAGAUGUUCUUCAAGCUGACCAGCGGAUGGAUCUGAGCAUGCUCCAAACCUGCCGACAGGAACGGGGUGGGGGGGGGGGGGGGUCUUUUGUUUUUGUUUUUAUUUAGUUUUUUUGUUUGUUUUGAUAUUAUUAUUUGCCAUGUCUAGUACACGUGGCGUAUGGUGAUCUUCUUUACAAAGCUGACAUAAAAGCUGACAUUUAGCAGUCAUUAAUGCUCUUGACCGCAAUCAUAACACUAAUGUUAACUUAAAAGAGGCAGUCCAGACUUUGACAAGUAAUCAGAGAGAGCUACACGUCUCCUGUGUAUGGGAUGACCAGAGGUGUGCUUCGUGCGGAGAGCAGCAUCUCUCUGAAGACCUUGCGUCCAUCACUUUGCCUUACGGGGAAGUUUCACGCAAAGCUUCAGUUCUGCGCCCGCUGUAGCUUCCCUGUUAGGGUCUGCAGACCUUGCAACGCCACACCUUCUUGUGUAGGAACGGUUUUUAAUAUGCAAACUGAAGUUGAGUACGGCAGACGUUCUUCAGAUUUCGUUAUGUGCAACUGAACUUCUGCAGUGUCCUGUCCCUGGAUCCGGGGUUUGGAAGCAUUGAUGUGGUCGGUCACCUUGGCCUUAUGAUGUUUGCUAGAGAAUAUUGGAGCGCAUGCUAUUUAUUCUUGACCAGCUGGGUCCGCGUUCCUUCAUGCCAAUGUGUAGGCUAUGGGUUUGUGUGUGUGGAUGUGUGGGGGUGGGUGUGUGUGUGUGUGUGUGUGUGGAUGGUUGUGUGUGUGUGUGGAUGGUUGUGUGUGUGUGGGGGUGUGUGUGUGUGUG